ACUUUUUACAGACCUCGAUCAACCCAGUCCGCCAGACAGUCAGUCAGUGCCGGGUGCAGUUCUGUUCCAGUUUCCAGUAAGCUGAUCCUGCUGGCAAAGGCUUGUGGGGAGACUUCCUUUUCUGGAAGGACCUGAUGCAUCGUGUUAAUGAUCCCCUCUCUCUCUCUCUCUCUCCCUUUCUCUGCCUCUCUACUGGCCUGUCAGAGGAGUCAAGAGUCUCAUUUCAUAUCACAACGUCUGUGCAGGGAGCAACAGCAGAAAUCACCCAGCCGGCAGAGUGAAGAGACUGUGUGGAUCACGCCCCCCUCAUCUGUUUCAGCCUUACACUCUUUCUCUCUUUCACCAACACCAUUUAACAUGCUUUCCCUUCUUUCUUCUCUCUUUCUCUUUCCUUGUGUCUGACCCAAAAAUGUUCUGUCUUUUCUGACUUCUGUCCUCCUUUCUCUGUGUCUCCAGUCUCCAGCCUCAGGUAGGCAGCACCACAUCCAGCCAGAAGUACACUCCUUCAGUCUACUUCUCUCUGUUUAUUCUUCCUUUCCUUCAUUAUACACAUCCUCCUCCUCCACCUCCUCAUCUUCCUCCUCCGCCUCUGUCUCUUAACUCUGCUCCUGCCUCCACACCCUGACUCUGAGUGCGCCGGAGAGAGUCGCCAAUUGCGCACGGCAAAGGCAGCAAGUGGGAGUGGACCUCGGCAAGCGUGCUUUCAAGUGUGUGCAUUUGUGAACGUGGAGAGGAAGAGGAGAAAAGAAGGAGGAGGAGGAGGGAGAGAGCAUCAGCACAGUCCUCCCAGUCUCUCCUCUCUUCACGCGCACUCCCACUCUGCAUGGAACAAUCCUUCCUUCACUGCUUCUAAAUGGACAUUUCUGUGGCAGCGUUUCACCAGUAAAGACAGCAGCUGCUGCCGCUCCACUCUGCAAGCUCAUACAUGCUGGAUUUAUAAAGAACAAAGUGAGGAGAGGAGUGGAACAGGGGGAGAUCUCUGAACAUGAGUGAGGAAGCUAAGGAGAAAGCAGGCAGCGGGAAAGCAGCCCAUCGCAAGAAGAAAGGCAAAAAGUCUGACAGUAAUGCCAGUUACCUGCGAGCUGCCCGUGCAGGGAACCUUGAAAAGGUCCUCGACUACCUCAAGUCUGGGGUUGAGAUUAACAUUUGCAAUCAGAAUGGUCUGAACGCUCUCCAUCUAGCCUCCAAGGAGGGGCAUGUAGAGGUUGUUGCUGAGCUGCUAAAGCUCGAAGCCGCUGUGGAUGCAGCCACAAAAAAAGGAAACACUGCUCUGCACAUAGCCUCGCUGGCUGGCCAAACGGAAGUUGUCAAAGAGCUGGUCAAUAAUGGAGCCAAUGUCAACGCACAAUCUCAGAAUGGCUUCACUCCUCUGUACAUGGCAGCCCAGGAAAAUCACCUGGAGGUGGUACGAUUCCUUCUGGAGAACAACGCCAGCCAGAGUAUGGCCACUGAGGAUGGCUUCACCCCUCUGGCGGUGGCCCUACAGCAGGGCCAUGACCAGGUGGUCUCCUUGCUACUGGAGAACGAUACAAAGGGCAAGGUACGCCUGCCUGCCCUGCACAUCGCUGCCCGCAAGGAUGACACCAAGGCCGCGGCCCUGCUCCUGCAGAACGACCAUAACGCAGAUGUUGAGUCCAAGAGUGGUUUCACCCCCCUCCACAUUGCGGCUCACUAUGGCAACAUUAACGUGGCAACGCUUCUCCUGAACCGAGGGGCUGCCGUGGACUUCAUGGCUCGGAAUGACAUCACGCCUCUUCAUGUGGCGUCAAAAAGGGGCAACAGCAACAUGGUCAAGCUGCUGCUGGACAGAGGGUCCAAAAUUGAUGCAAAGACAAAGGAUGGGCUGACACCUCUUCACUGUGGGGCGAGGAGCGGGCAUGAACAGGUGGUAGAAAUCCUACUAGACCGAGGAGCACCUUUCCUGUCCAAGACCAAGAACGGUCUGUCACCGCUCCACAUGGCCACUCAGGGGGACCACCUGAACUGCGUCCAGCUCCUGCUCCAGCAUGACGUGCCGGUGGACGACGUCACCAACGAUUACCUGACAGCGCUGCACGUCGCUGCCCACUGUGGUCAUUACAAGGUGGCCAAGCUCAUCGUGGACAAGAAGGCCAACCCGAACGCCAAGGCUCUGAAUGGUUUCACUCCACUUCACAUUGCUUGCAAGAAGAACAGAGUGAAAGUGAUGGAGCUGUUGCUUAAACAUGGAGCGUCUAUCCAGGCUGUCACCGAGUCUGGCCUGACGCCCAUCCAUGUGGCGGCCUUCAUGGGCCAUGAGAACAUUGUCCAUGCACUGACACAUCACGGGGCAUCACCCAACACGACCAACGUACGAGGUGAAACAGCUCUCCACAUGGCAGCCAGGGCAGGCCAGGCAGACGUAGUCCGAUACCUGCUCAAGAAUGGAGCCAAGGUGGAGACCAAGUCCAAGGACGACCAGACAGCGUUGCACAUCUCCAGUCGGCUGGGGAAAGUCGACAUUGUCCAACAGCUGCUGCAGUGCGGCGCAUCUGCCAACGCUGCCACAACCUCAGGCUACACCCCCCUUCACCUGGCUGCCCGUGAAGGACACCAAGAUGUUGCUGCCAUGCUGCUGGAGAAUGGAGCCUCACUCUCCUCCUCGACUAAGAAAGGCUUCAGUCCCCUCCAUGUGGCAGCAAAGUACGGCAAGAUGGAGGUGGCCAGUCUCCUCCUACAGAAGAGAGCUGCGCCUGAUGCUGCUGGAAAGAGCGGGCUAACUCCACUGCAUGUAGCUGCUCACUACGAUAAUCAGAGAGUGGCACUGCUGCUGCUGGAUCAGGGAGCUUCCCCACAUGCUGCCGCCAAGAAUGGCUACACACCACUCCACAUUGCUGCCAAAAAGAACCAAAUGGACAUUGGGACCACACUGCUAGAGUACGGCGCCGAUACCAACGCGGUGACGCGGCAAGGCAUUAGCCCCAUUCACCUGGCAGCGCAGGAGGGCAGCGUGGACCUGGUGUCCUUACUGCUGGCCAAGAAUGCUAACGUCAAUGUGUGCAAUAAGAGCGGACUUACACCACUCCACUUAGCAGCUCAGGAGGACAAGGUUAAUGUUGCGGAGGUCCUUCUCAACCACGGGGCUGAUGUCAACCCACAGACAAAGAUGGGUUACACUCCACUGCACGUGGCUUGUCACUAUGGCAACGCAAAGAUGGCAAACUUCCUGCUGCAGAAUAAUGCCAGAGUCAAUGGCAAAACCAAGAACGGGUACACUCCUCUACACCAGGCUGCUCAGCAGGGCCACACCCACAUCAUCAACCUGCUGCUUCAGCACGGGGCCUCGGCCAACGAGCUCACCAUGAAUGGGAGCACUGCCCUAUCCAUCGCCUGUCGUCUUGGGUACAUCUCCGUGGUGGACACUCUGAGGCCAAUGACGGAUGAAAACCUGACUGCCAUGAGUGCAUCAGAAAAACACAAAAUCAAUGUCCCAGAGACCAUGAAUGAAUUCCUCGACUUGUCAGACGAUGAAGUCCGGGCCAAUGUGCCAGAAAUUCUCAAUGAGGAGUCUUUUUCAGAUGUUGAUGAAGGUGAGGAUGCGAUGACAGGGGACACCGACAAAUACCUGCGGCCUCAGGACCUCAAAGAGUUGGGGGAUGAUUCUCUCCCUCAGGAGGGGUACAUGGGUUUCAGCAUAGGAGCCCGCUCUGCCAGCCCUAGACUCAGCCUCCGCUCCUUCAGUUCGGACAGGUCCAACACACUCAACCGGAGCUCCUUUGCGCGAGACAGUAUGAUGAUUGAAGAGAUUCUUGCCCCCACAAAGGACACGCUUCAGAGUGUCUGUAAAGACAUUUCCUACUUGGUUGACCCACUCAAUAAGCACCUGGCCGUGACGAGAGACUACAGCUCGGAGUGCAUGCGGCGCUACAGCUGGACUCCGGACACCGUGGACCACAGCCACAACACUGUAUCGAGCCCCAUUCACUCUGGCCUCUCCUCCCCGCUCCCUCAGUAUGACUCCAGGUUCUUGGUCAGCUUUAUGGUGGACGCCCGCGGUGGAUCCAUGAGAGGCAGCCGGCAUAAUGGCAUGCGCAUCAUCAUCCCCCCAAGGAAGUGCACGGCGCCCACACGCAUAACCUGUCGCCUGGCCAAAAGGCACAAGCUGGCCUACCCCCCACCCAUGGUGGAGGGAGAGGGGCUGGUCAGCCGGCUGGUGGAGGUCGGACCAGCUGGGGCUCAGUUCCUUGGUCCUGUGAUUGUGGAGAUCCCCCAUUUUGGUUCCAUGCGGGGGAAAGAGAGAGAGCUGAUUGUGCUGAGGAGUGACAAUGGUGACACGUGGAAGGAGCACCAGUCUGAUGGCAGACCAGAAGACCUCCCUGAGCUCCUUAGUGGAAUGGAUGAAGAGCUGGACAGUCCUGCCGAGUUGGAGAAGAAGCGCAUUUGCCGCAUUGUCACCAGAGAUUUUCCUCAGUAUUUUGCUGUGGUGUCGCGGAUCAAGCAGGAGUCUAACCACAUGGGUCCCGACGGAGGCUUGCUGUCCAGCAGCACUGUGCCCAUGGUCCAGGCCUCAUUCCCUCAAGGGGCUCUCACCAAGAGGAUCCGUGUUGGCCUGCAGGCCCAGCCUGUUCCAGAUGAUAUGGCAAGGGCCGUCCUUGGGAACAGGGCCACCUUCAGCCCCAUCGUCACUGUAGAGCCCAGGAGGAGGAAGUUCCACAAGCCAAUCACCAUGACGAUCCCUGUCCCACCUAGAUCGGCAGAAGGCCAUCCCAGCGGCCACCGAGGCGACUCUGCACCCUGCCUGCGUCUGCUCUGCAGCAUCACAGGAGGAACCUCCCCUGCCCAGUGGGAGGACAUCACAGGGACCACACCCCUGUCCUUUGUAACUGAUUGCGUCUCCUUCACCACAAAUGUGUCGGCCAGGUUCUGGCUCGCAGACUGUCACCAGAUUCCUGAGACGGUGAGUCUAGCGUCUCAGUUAUACCGGGAGCUGAUCUGCGUGCCGUACCUGGCCAAGUUUGUGGUGUUUGCUAAGAUGAACGACGCUAUUGAGGCUCGGCUGCGCUGCUUCUGCAUGACAGACGACAAGGUGGACAAGACCCUCGAACAGCAGGAGAACUUUGAGGAAGUGGCCAGGAGUAAAGAUAUCGAGGUUCUCGAGGGCAAGCCUAUCCAUGUGGAUUGUUACGGCAACCUGUCCCCUCUCACCAAAAGUGGGCAGCAGUUGGUUUUCAACUUCUACUCCUUCAAGGAAAACAGACUUCCUUUCAACGUGAAGAUCAGAGAUAUGGGCCAGGAGCCAUGUGGUCGCCUCUCCUUCCUGAGAGAGCCAAAAUCCAUUAAAGGCCUUCCUCAGACUGCCAUAUGCAAUUUGAAUAUCACACUGCCAACCCACAAGAAGGAUAUCGAGUCUGAUCCUGAUGAUGAGACUGAAAAGCCAGAACGACGUCAUACCUUUGCCUCCUUAGCUUUGCGUAAGCGCUACAGCUAUUUGACCGACCCAGCAGCGAAAACAACUGAUCGAAGCUCGCCGAGAACACAGCCUUCUAGCUACCCUCACAAACCUGUCUUUUCAACGAGAUCUUAUCAGGCGUGGUCGCCUGUUCCUAUCGCCGUCCCUGGCCAAGCCAAGUCUGGGUUUGGCUCCCUCUCCAGUUCGUCAUCCAACACGCCCUCUGCCUCUCCAUUAAAGUCUGUCUGGUCCAUCAACUCUGCCUCCCCCAUCAAGACCAACAUCCCUGGAUCUCCUGCCUCUUCUGUAAAGUCAGCUAGCGACAUGGCCUCUCCCAUACGAUCUUACAGAACAAUCUCAUCUCCUAUAAAAACUGUAGUCCAGCAAGCCCAGUACCCAGUCCAGGUCAACCCCAGUCCCCUGACCUCACCAGGUAAAACUGCCCCAGAACCCAUGUCUAUGAAAGGACUGGCAGCAUUGUCUGCUAGGACCUCCCCUAUAACUGUCUCAGGAGGAGGAAGUGCUCUUCUUGAGAGAACAUCCAUAAGCAUGACCCCACCAACUUCUCCCAAAUCUUCUCUGAGUAUGUUCAGUUCACCUCUACCAUACAAGACAGUUAUGGGGGGCUCAGCCUCUUCUUCCUCACCAAUAAAAACAGUCCCUGGUCUCUCCUCUGUGCGCUCCUUUGCCUCAGAUGCUACUGGUUCUGCAAGAAACCUGUUCUCCUCCCUUUCAUCACCACUUAAAUCCAACACCCCUCCAAGUGCUGCAGCUCUGAUCAAUGGAACUGUGUCACCUACGCAGUACCGCUCUUCAUCCCCAACAUCUCUUCUUGCAAGCAGUCUGCAAGAGAGAAUACAAGCAACCACCAAUGCUGCAACUACAAGUGUCAAUGCAGCCUUUGAUGAGGUUGAAAAGACAUUUAAUUCUUGUUCUGCAGGCUACGGCACCUUGAAGUCCAUGUCUUCUUCUGCAUCCUCCUCAUAUCAGUCCAUUAGAUCAUCAGCUUCCAAUUCCCUUUAUGCCUCUCUAAGAUCCCCUCCUAAUGCCACAACUGCUGUAACAUCAAGUACAGUGACUGUUCCAGUGUACUCUGUUAUUAAUGUGCUGCCAGAGCCCCAGUUUAAAAAGUUACCAGAGGUGUCCAAGUCAGCUGCUGCCCUUCUGUCCCCAAGGAAGACAGUGCAUGCUGAGGCAAAUGCUCAUAUGCAGUCUUCCUUUGCUAGAACUCUUUCCCCUAUCAAGACCCCUCUUUUUUCUGCUGGCCUAAAAUCAAACACCGCAUCACCACUGUCAUCCAGCCAAGAGAUUCUGAAGGAUGUAGCCGAAAUGAAAGAGGACUUGAUACGAAUGUCAGCCAUUUUGCAGACAGACCCAAAUUCCACAGCCAAUAAAGGAUUUCAGUCUGAUUCUCCCAAAGAGGCUAAGUUAGAGGAUGAGGAACCAUAUAGGAUUGUGGAAAAAGUAAAACAAGAUUUGGUAAAAGUGAGCGAAAUCCUUACUAAAGACGCUGUGAAGGAUGGUAGGGUUUCCCUGGCAAGGGGUUCUUUGGAUGACAUACACUUCUCAAAAGUACAAGUUGAACAACCACCAAGCAACUGGAGCUAUCCGCCAAGAUAUGAGACUGUGGUUCCUCACGCCAAAUCAAAAACAAUACCAGAUAGAGAAUUCAAUCUCUCGAAAGUGGUUGACUACCUGGUCAAUGAUGUUGGUAGCAGCUCUUUCUCCAAAAUGCAUGAUACAAAGCAUAAAGCAGAGGAGGGUAAGAGAGAAGGAGAGGGAAAGGAAAAGCAGAAACGUGUCCUAAAACCUACCAUAGCAGUUCAGGAGCAUAAGCUCAAAAUGCCUCCAACAAACAUGCGCUCCUCAGCUUCAGACAGAGAGCUUAGCAAAGUAGCAGAUGCCCUUUUUGGAGCAGACACUGUGCUAGAAUCCCUUGAUGAGAUCUCACAUGAACAAGAUAAAAGCCCCCUCUCAGACAGUGGCUUUGAGACCAGGAGUGAAAGGACACCCUCUGCGCCUCAGAGUGCAGAAGGCAUGGGCCCCAAGGCCCUUUUUCAGGAUAUCCCAGUUCCCCCAGUGAUCACUGAGACUAGGACUGAGGUAGUCCAUGUCAUCAGGAGCUAUGAGCCCCCAGAGGAUAACAAACUAACUCCAAUGGAGGAUGCACAUUCUGUCAGAUAUAUUGAUUCAGAUUCAAAAGGGCAUCUGAAUCAAGCUACAUCAACUCCAGAACAGAACAAAUGCUAUUCAAUAAAAGUAAGCCCUGAUGAGGAUCCAACGGGGAAAGGGAUGAGGGUAAAGGAGGAGACUCAUAUCACUACUACCACCAGGAUGGUGUACCACAAACCGCCUGGCAAAGAAGCAGCAUCGGAGAGGUGUGAGGAAACCAUGUCUGUGCAUGACAUAAUGAAGGCUUUUCAGUCAGGCAAGGACCCUUCUAGAGAGCUGGCUGGAUUGUUUGAACACAAGUCUGGCAAUGAGGAAACUUCACAAAGAGUCCUCGAUGACAUCAACUCCAAACCUAAGGUUGAAAGAAUAAUUGAAGUUCAUAUUGAAAAAGGCAAUAAAACAGAACCAACAGAGGUCAUCAUCAGAGAGACAAAAAACCAUGCAGAGAAGGAAAUGUAUUACUACCCAGGGAGUAGACAGGAAGAGGAGGAGCCUGAGGAAUCACUUCCAGUGUACCUUGACUCCCCCAGAGUUAACACACCUAUGUCACAAGAAGAAGACAGUCGCCCCAGUUCAGCCCAACUCAUGGCAGAUGACUCUUACAAAACACUAAAGCUACUUAGCCAGCAAUCUGUAGAAUACAAUGAGGAUGAAUCAUCAGAACUUAGGGGAGAAUCUUAUAAUUUUGCAGAGAAAAUGCUUCUCUCUGAGAAAUUCGACCAAUCUCAUUCUGACACAGAGGAAUAUCUGAGAGAUAGGUCUCGCUUCCACUCGCCAGACAGAAGCAGUCACAGUGAGGGUAGAUCAGUUGGCCCAAGGACAGAGUAUGUCUUCAGGUCUUCGAGAAAUGUAUUUGACAAAUCUGGAAGAAUGGCCAACGUUGAUGAUAGCUUUGACAAACUGACACUUUUGCAGUAUUCUUCUGAGCCUGGUAGCCCAAAGCAGUCUGUUUGGAUGCGUGUGUCAGAUGACUCACAGAGUAAGGACAGAGGACAGCUUAUGUAUGAAGACAGAGUGGACAGGACUGUAAAGGAGGCAGAGGAAAAACUCACAGAGGUAUCGCAAUUCUUCCGUGAUAAAACAGAACAGCUCAACGAUGAGCUCUCAUCUCCAGAGAAGAAAUCUCGCAGACCAGACUUCAGAGAAUCACGAUCAGGGCCCAGUUCUACACACAGCAGUCCAGAGAGGUCAGCUUAUAGGAAUGGGAGUAGUGGGGAAGAGUGGAGCAGAGAAAGGCUUAGAGACAGGUUCAAUUCCAGUGACAGGAAAUGUGCCAGCUUACCCAGCAGUCCAGAGAGGAGAGUGUUGUUGCAGUACAGUGAUUCAGACCCAAGAAAACAAGGAGAUGGUAAAUCACAGGGAAGCACAGGUGAAAGCCCUAAACCUUUUCAAAUGUCUUCCUCCAAAGUCAGUGCAGUGAGGCUAAAGUUUGAGCAAGAGGCUCAAAGGCAAGAGAGGAGUCAUCAGAGCAGCCAAAAUUCAAAUACUCCUAUCAGGAAACUCCAGGAAAGUAAGCUACCUGUGUAUCAGGUGUUUGCUGGUUCAAAUAUUCCAAAAACACCAGACAGUCCGGGAAACCAGAGGAGAUGUCAAGAUAGCGAAUCAAAUAAGUGCUUGCCCAAGCAUGAGACCAGUGGAAAAGAUCAGGAAGAGAAAAUGUUAUUCAAAACAUGGGAGAGCCAAGAGUAUGGGAACUAUAAACCCCAAUCUCCCAAACGAUCUCCUUCUUCAUUCCAUGAUUCUAUGAAAGAUGUCAAUAAUAGUGAUUCCCAAAGACAAGAAACUACGAAGAAAAUAAUCUACACAGAAUUCGUUGUCCGAGAAAGUCCAAAUAGCAAUGACAGUCUAAAAAAAAACUCGGAAUCACAAAUUCCUGUAAGAAAGCCCUCUAAUUUUUCAGAAAAUAACAAAUCCACUGCUUUAAAACUAGAUGCCUCUGUUGAACCAUACGAGAGGGCAGCAUCUCAUAUACCUACUUUAGCUAGAAAUCGGUUAAACAGUAGCUCUGAAUCCAACAAGUCUACUCGUGGAUCAUCAGUAGGAAAAUCCACAGACUCAUCAGACAGUAGCCAGUCAAAUGUAGUUUGCAACGGUGUUGAUAGUGACCAAAUACAGUAUUUGGAUCAAGUUACUCCUGUAGUUAUCACAGAGGGUUUCAAAGAUAUUAAACCCUUACCUGUGUAUGUUAGCAUCCAAGUAGGAAAGCAGUAUGAGAAAGAGACAGCCUCGGGGCAACUGGGAACAUACAAAAAGAUAGUAAGCCAUGAGAGUAGGACAGUGCAUGAGACUAGGGGUGCAUUUUACACUGUCAAGCAAAAGCAGUCUCCAUCUCCUCAAGGGAGUCCAGAAGAUGACACUCUAGAGCAAGUGACCUUCAUGGACAGCUCUGGGAAAAGUCCUGUUACCCCUGAGACCCCCAGCUCAGAGGAAGUGAGUUUGACCUCAAGAACACCAGACUCUGUGAUAGGCUUCAUGCCUGGCAUGCCAAGCACUAUCCCAGAGGAGUCUGAGGAGGAAGAAGGGAAGACCUUCAUCUACAAUGAGCCCUCGAAGGAAAAAUCUAAGUCACCUUCUUCAGAGAACAGUAAAAAACAAGAUGCAGAGAGACACAAGUCAAAGGAAAAAAGAGUGGCUUAUAUAGAAUUUCCUCCUCCUCCUCCUUUAGAGGCAGAGCAAUCUGACCCUGAGAAAAGGGGGUCGUGUGCUUCUUCUGAAGCAGAGACAGAGAUGAUGGAGGUGAACCUCCAAGAGGAGCAUGAUAGGCACCUCUUAGCUGAACCAAUCAUCAGGGUCCAGCCACCAUCACCUAUUCCCCCUGGAGCUGAUAACAGCGACUCUAGUGAUGAUGAGUCUGUCUUCCAUCCAAUCCCUAUCAAAAAGUACACCUUCAAAAUGAAAGAGGAUGGAGAGAAACACCCAAAACAAAAGAAACCUGAGAAAAAUGGAAACAACAAGGAGUCUGGGAUCAAUGGUGUUGUAAAGGGAGAGGAUGCUGACUUUGAACAAAAUGGCAAUGACCAGUCAAUCACUGACUGCUCCAUAGCAACCACUGCUGAGUUCUCCCAUGAUACAGAUGCAACUGAAAUAGACUCUUUAGAUGGGUAUGAUCUACAGGAUGAGGAUGACGGACUGAGCGAGGACCCUAAAACAUCAAGUCUUUCCAAUGAUGGAAAAACAACCGACCGCUCAUUUAGUCAGUCAAAGCUAGAAGUGAUCGAGGAAGAGAAAUGUGAGGAAGGGGGUGAUAAUGGAAAGACUAAAACCAGCACAUCUUCAGUGAAAAGCGGUGGAGAUGAAAAAGAUUAUACCCUUGAAGGAAGACAUCCAGAUAGGCAGGGCUUUGCAGAAAACUACUUUGGCUACCAACUAGAAGAGGAACUGAAUUCAACCUUUAAAACUGUUGCCACUAAAGGCCUGGACUUUGACCCCUGGUCCACUAAAGGGGGUGAUAAUGAGGGACUUUUUGAGUCCAAAACAAAAGAGGAGGACCCCAAGCCCUUUGGUUUAUCGGUGGAGGACAAAUCACAGGCUACAACACCUGACACAACCCCUGCUCGAACACCGACUGAUGAGAGCACACCGACUAGUGAGCCUAACCCCUUCCCAUUCCAUGAAGGGAAGAUGUUUGAGAUGACCCGCAGUGGUGCUAUUGACAUGAGCAAGCGGGACUUUGUUGAAGAGAGGCUUCAGUUUUUCCAGAUUGGUCCCCAAAGUCCUUGUGAGCGAACAGACUUGCGCAUGGCUAUCGUUGCAGAUCACCUGGGACUCAGUUGGACAGAGUUGGCUCGGGAGAUGAACUUCACAGUGGAUGAGAUCAACCACAUCAGACUAGAGAACCCCAACUCUCUGACAGCACAAAGCUUCAUGCUACUUAAGAAAUGGGUCACUCGGGAAGGGAAAAACGCCACAACGGAUGCCUUAACUACAGUGCUGACCAAAGUCAAUCGGAUGGAUAUUGUGACUUUACUGGAGGGCCCAAUAUUUGACUAUGGUAACAUUUCAGGCACGAGAUGUUUUGCCGAUGAUAACGCUGUUUUCCGGGAUCAGGCUGAUGAUUAUCAGAGCAUUCUAGCGGAGCUGCAGUCCCCUGCCGCACUGCACUCUGACCCCCACUUCCUGGAGCCCGAACUCCCCGUCACUCCCAACCCUACCCUUGCCCACCACCAACACCACCACUACCCAGAACCAGACACCCCUUCACUGGCUGACUCCCAACCUCAGCCCCUGUCCUGGAGCCCGGAAAUAGAGCCUGGCAGUGGUGAGCCAGACAGCCCCCCUAGGAGCCCCCCCAGACCCUGUGAGCUCGCCUUGUCCGUCCCAGCUUUUGAACUCCCUGAUCCUGUUUCUUCUAAGGUCAGAAAGCCCCACAUCGCUCUGAACGACCAGCUGCUUUUGAGCGAGGAGGAGGACAGGUCUUGUCAAGAAAUGGAGCUGAGUCACAAGCCUAAGUCACACUCCCUCCCACCCAUGUGUGAGUUAGACAUUGACAUGGCUUACUCCACAUCUUCCCCAUCACUCUCAUCAGUAUCAUCAGUAACCCCUUUGUCGCCUGACAGAGCACAAAUGGGAGAUGGAGGAGCGCAGAUAGGUGCCCCCAAUGGGGUACAGGAGGAUGUAGGUUUGAAAGGAGGUGAACAGGAAGUGACAGAAGAAAUAGAGAAGGUUGUUUGGAUGGUUUCAGCAGGGUUAACAGAGGGAAAUGGAUUAGUGGAAAAGUGGGUGGAGCAGGACUUGAUUAAAAAUGUGGAAAGAAAAUGUGAGAUGAUAACAAAAGAUAGGUCUAAGAUGGCAGAGGAAAAUAAGAUGUUGGUGGAACAGAAGGAGGGAUCUGCAGAGGAAGAGAAAGAUGUGGCAAAUAAGCAGUGUGUCCUUAUUCAAGAUUGGAAUGAGGGGUCCGCUUGUGAGGUUGAAGAGGUGAAAGAUGUGCAGAAUCAAUCAGAAGAACAGCAUAAUCUGAUAGAAAUUGGGCAUGAAGUGGAAAAAGACAUUGGAAUAGAAGCAGAGACUUUCACAGAGUGUAUUGAUGGAAUACCUGGAGUUCACAAUGUUGACACAGAUGGAGAACUGCAGUUUAAGGAUGAAGAAGGGUUGUGUGUCAGUGAAAGAGAUAUUUGCGGGACAUCAGAAGGGGACCAGGCAGCGGAGGACCAGGCUGUAGCUCGGCUCUCCCCUCAGGCCUGGGUUGAGGCACUCGGGGAUCGUCAGCCUAGUGAUUCUGGAUCCAAUGAGGAAGAGGAGGAGGGAGACAGAGAUGAAGAAAUCACAGGGGAGGCAUUAGGAUCUCUGUUGGAGGAGGUGAAGAAAGAAGAAGGCUCAGAGGAGAAGGAGGAGGACAAAGGGAUGACUGAGGCCAGUGUUCAGGAGAUUCUUGAUCAGGUUGAACAGGCAGAAAAAGAAGUGUGUUCACUUUCAGGUUGGCACAGUGAUUCAUCCAGCGUCAAUGUGGAACCACCAACGCCAGGCCGCAGUGUCAGCUCAGACCUGCUCGACAGGCGGGAAAGCCAAGAGAACUCAAGUGACUCCAUCACUUCCUCGUCUAGGGGCGAAUCAGGGAGGUCCCGACAGAACGGCGACAAGUCAAAGCAUUCACCUCAGGAUGGUUCAUCUGAAUCAUCGAAUGGCAAAAAGGAGGAAGGAGCACUGGUGUCAGAGAAAAGAGUCCAGCGAGUUAGUGUAGAUUCCGGUUCAGAGGAAGAACAGACUGUAACCACCAGAAUCUUCAGACGCCGUCUCAUUUUAAAGGGAGAACAAGCCAAGAAUUUCCCAGGCGAGUCUGUGACAGAGCAACACUACAUGGACCAAGAUGGUAACCUCAUCAGUAGAAAAGUAAUCAGGAAGGUUAUUCGGCGGGUGUCUACUCCCACACCAGAAAACCAAGGAGGUGAUAUGUGGCACCAAAACCUUCAGCAGAGUCCUGUUCUGCAGGAAGACGGGUCAAAGCAAGGAGAAGGGUCAAGGAAUAGCAGGCGAAAGGAUGACAGAAGGUCAGGGGAUAAAAAGUUCCACUCAUAGGGAUGGUUGUGCUCUACCAGAUAUACAGGAACCAAGUAAGAUGUUUCCUGGGAAUGAGUGUUCAGAAGACUGGAGAGUUCUAGUGUGAGGACUUCAUGCAAGGGUCCAUUCUUCAAUAAUCUGCUUCAAACUAAUGGUUUUCACGUGAGAGGAGUCGACCCUUCUGACUUAAGCAUGAGCAUGAAAAACUCACCUCCUCUCAAUCAAAGGGCCGGGAGGUUCCCACUUUCUGACAGUGGUGGACCCGUGGACAAUGAUUCUGCUUCCUGUUUUGUGUGAAACAAUACGUGCCAUCGGCCCACUGGUGUUGUGAGAGCUUUUUGAGGAGCAUCGUUUGUUGUGAAAACAAAAUAGACUCCCUUACUGACAACCACAGAUGUGCAACUGUGACCAAAGAUGGCACAAGAGCUCAGUCCACGUGGUGGGUGGAAAGAAGUAGACACAAUAACACAAAAAAUCUAAUGGAACACUUCUGAUCCAACUUCAACACUCGCCUUAUAGUUUUUUCUUAAACCCAUUGUUGUCAGGAUGUAAAUUGUUUUGGAAUUUUUUUUCUUCCUUCCUCUUUUUAAAACUUAAACUAACACAAAAGCUUUUUUCUGUAUAUAAAAUUACAAUGUGUAAAAUUCUUAAAAAAGGGCAAGUUACUGGUUGAGAAUGCACUGAGGAGAGUAACCUUUUCAAGUGCUUUCAAACUGUAUUGAAACGGUUCCCCUUUUUAAGAUCUGAGUUUAACUUCACAGGUUCUUGUAUAAUUAAUUAUUAGAGCAGGUAUAAUGUUUGUACAUGAAAAAAUAGCUGGUUUGGUUUUAAAAGGAAAUUUCCAGAAAAUCAGAUUUCAGUAAUUCCCAAAGUGGGAAUGGAUCUAAUCCUACAAAAAGCAGCCUUUCAGAGUUCUCAUAUUUUCAUGCAUGCUGUUCACAUUAUUUUAAGUACAAUUUUUACAAGUUUGCAAACACUGUAUUCAAAUGACAAAUAAAACCCUUUAUCUGUGUACACAUAUAGCCCUAACAUUUGUCACCAGUUUUAUAUUUUAAAUUGAAAAAGGGUACCAUGAAAACAUUUAUCAUGUUUGGGGUGAGGAUGAAAAAAAGUUCUAUAGCUUCUUGAGGGUGUGAUGUCUUGUCUGUUUAUGUAAAAACGGAGGGCAGCUUCUGCUACAAGAACGAAAUAAUCUGAAUGUAAAUGCUAGUAGGCUGAUUCGCUGUAAAAUUAUAACUUUAUUGUGCGUAUUGGCUAUAAGGUGUAGGAGUCUCUGUACACUGUUAGACUGUUUAUAAUCAUUUUAGCAGUGUGUCAAUUUGGUUUUCUAACAGCUGCUGUGGUAUUUAAGGAAAACUGGGGCAUUUAAUUUUCAAUUCUUUGGUGAAGUAUUUCCUUAAUUUAAAAUCUACUCACAUUAAGGACACAAAGAUAUUCUUUGAUUGUAGCUCAAAAUAGCAUAUUGUAUGACAAAAACACUGGAUGGUCAACAAGAAUUAUUUAAGCAUUAAAUAAAUUGUGUUUAACUCUGAAACUGUGUGAUCUUUUUAGGCUUGAGAGUCUGUAUAUGCAGUGUCGAAUAGAAUUGUUUUCACUCCAAAAUUUGACUUUUAUUUUACAUUACAUUAGGAAUUAUCUUUGCAUUGGUUUUCAUUAGAUGCCCAUGUAGUUCAAGUGUGGUGUUCUACUGGUGCGAUGGCUCAGUAUGUUGAUGUCUAUGCUGUGGACAUGAAAACUAUGUAACUUUUUUUUGGGACAGGGACGGGUUAAAGGAAGUCAGGUAGGGUGCUGUACCACAUCCCCUUAAACUACUAUGUCAAUCAGGGGGUAGAGGAUCCUUUGAUAUGGUUGAACUAUCAAUUUUGUCAAUUUUGUUUAAUAUGUGUUUUCACCUGAGCAGAUUUUUUGAUGUACAAUUCUUACUAACAGAGUGAAGCCAUUGAAAUGUAACUAUUCUAGCACUUUGGUUAUUAAAGGUCUUUUAGAGGCUAUAGCAGCAAUGAUGCCACCACAAAUGUUUCAGACGUCUUUAAAAAAAAUCUACCUAAAAAUAAAAAAAUAAAAUGCAUUGAUUUCGCAAUA